AUGGCUGCAAGCGGAACCAUUUUACCCUCCUUCUCCACUUUUUCCAUGCAUAAGGAAGAUGUGUGGAGGGGACCCGUAAAGGAGGACGAGGACAUAGACACCUUCCUGGACUUUGACUUCAUCCUGGCUCACAGCACAGAUAACGUCGUCGACUCGUACCGGACGGCGGGUGUCGGGGCGCCCGGGUACCGAGGUCAAGACUUUGAGCCCUUGCCAGAGUUGGCCCCUCCCCCCGCGUGCCCCCCUCACCCCCCGCCGCCUUACAGCAGCCUGAUGGCCGAGCUGCUGCGGUGCGACACGGACGUAGACGCGUACCAGUCCAGUGCUGUUCGGGGACGCUUCUUUGCGUGCCCCUCGGGAGCGUCCCCCAACCUGGGACGUUCCUUCCCGUGUGUCAAAAUGGAGCCCGAUGUCUACGGGCCGCCGCCGGGCGCCGUCCCGCAGAUCUUCGAGGUGAAGCGGGAAGGCGGCGCGAGGUCUUGCGCUCUAUCCAAUCACCGACCCCAACCGACGAGCUCGCCGCACCUUGGCAGCGGACUCCCGACGCCGCCACUCAGCCCCGACGACGCGUUGACCUUCAACUGCCAGUUCCAGUUUCCCUUUCCGUGCCGCUAUGCCACUUCAUAUGAGACGCCGCAGCCGCCAACACCGCCCUCGUCGCCGCUGGACGCCACGACCCGCAGAGGGCGGCGUUCCUGGCCCCGCAAACGCAACGCCACCCACUCGUGCACCUACGCCGGAUGCGGAAAGACGUACACUAAGAGCUCACACCUCAAGGCGCACCUGAGAACGCAUACAGGAGAAAAGCCCUAUCACUGCACGUGGGAAGGUUGCGGCUGGAAGUUCGCCCGCUCGGACGAGCUGACACGUCACUUCCGCAAGCACACCGGGCACCGCCCCUUCCAGUGUCACCUGUGCGAGCGCGCUUUCUCCCGCUCGGACCACCUGGCCUUGCACAUGAAGAGACACAUGUGA